UGAAUUUUUGCCUCAAUGUUCCUGCCAAUGUGUGUCUUCCAAGCCUCAAGAUUCUCCAUCUUGUGUCGGUUGAGUUCGAGAACAACUGUUCGAUGGAGGCGCUCUUUUCUGGGUGCCCUGUGCUUGAAGUUUUGCAUAUGCGUGACUGUUGGUUGGACAGUUUGCGUGCGCUCGACAUUUCAAUUUCUACACUUAAGAACAUCACGAUCAAAAGCGAGUCUGCUACUAGAUACAAAUUCACGAUUAAUGCUCCAAGCCUUGAAUGCCUAGACUACUUCGAUUUUUUAGCCGACGGCUACACUCUGAAGAAUAUGAACUCUCUAUCUGAAGCUCAUAUUGAUGUCAAGCCGAGCUAUGUUAAUAGCUUCUCUCAUUCUCAGCAUGUACGUGACCUUGUUGAAGGGAUUUCUAACGUGGGAUUUCUUUAUUUGUCCGCCCACACUUUGCAGACUCUUGAAAUCGCCAAAUGCUGCUUGCCCACAUUUUCCAACUCUGAUGCUAACAAGAGAUCCUGCUUCAGUUCAAAGCCAACAUCUCUGAUGAUCCAUACAGAAGAUUGAAAUCAUGGGAUCCCAGUAAAGACCCUUGUGGGGAUUACAAUGGUGUGUUCUGCAAUUCAGAUUGGUUCGUA